AUGCAGCUUGGACGCAAUCAACAGUUCAUCUUCGACGACGCCUUCGCCUGUUCCAAUGGUUCACCAUGGAGCUCCGUCCUCUGGCAGGCUCUCACGGCGUUCCAAAUCAUCUUACUCAUGAGAGUUGCCCUUGAAAGAGACAGCCAGAGUCAAUUUGGUGUCGAUAUUGCUUCUUGGAUCCUAUCGGUCACGGCCAGCAUCCUUUUCACAUUGAUAUCGGAGCGAGAGCACCGCAAAUCACCCGCACCAUCAGCCCUGCUUCAGCUUUUCCUACUGAUUACCAUAUUUCUCGACGCGGCCCGCGUGAGAACGGCUUGGCAUCUAUCACCGCAAAACAACAGCGAGGGCUAUAUCGCCCUGCUCUUGACAGUUCAAGUCAUUCUCAAGGUACUCUUACUCGCAGCCGAGUCCGUGCCAAACCCCGCCAUCAUCGCCAUCCCAGCCCGUCGAAUCUCUCGAGAGGAGACAUCAGGCAUCUUCGGCAAGAGCUUCGCGACAUGGGUCAACCCUAUGCUUCGUCUGGGUUGGAAGAAGAACCUGGUAGCAGAAGAUCUCGAUCCGCUCGAUGAAGCCCUCGAUGGAGAAGCGGUGCUUGAGCGGCUUUCCUCAGCGUGGAAGAGCGUCGAUCAGGACAAGAAUCACGCCCUAGUCAAAGCGAUUCUCAAGGCCUUCCGAGCCGAGCUGUUCUUCAUCCACAUCCCGCGCGUCGGUAUGGUGGCCUUUGGUCUCACGCAACCUCUCCUCGUGAAAACCACAAUCGAGUACAUCCGAGAACAUAAUGACAAGCCCAUCACCUACGGUCAAACCCUCGUCGCCGCCUUUGCCAUCACAUACAUCGGACUAGCGAUCUCCACCAGAUGGUCCGGUCAACUCACCCAUCGCCUUAUCACCCGCAUCCGCGGCGCCCUCAUCGCCAUCAUCUACCAGAACAUGCUCACCCUCCGCGCGGAGACAGGUAACUCCCAGGCGGCGGUCGCUUUGAUGAGUACAGAGGUCGAGCGGAUUACCGUGGCGGCUCAGUGGUGCGUCGCCAUCGUUCCUAAUCUCGUCCAGCUCGGAUUCGCCAUGUGGAUCAUGAGCGAGCAACUUGGGGCUGUGAGCGUUGCUCCCAUUAUCAUCGCUCUUCUCAGUGUGUCGGCCGGCAUCAGAGCAGGCCAGUUGAUCCCGCCGCGGCAGAGGAGGUGGAUGCAGGCGAUCCAGCAGCGGGUUGGCAUCACCACCGAGAUCAUCGGGUCUGUCAAGGGUGUCAAGAUGAGCGGCCUGACUAGCACGGUCCAGGACCAGAUUCAAGGUCUUCGGGACUUUGAGCUGGAUGAGUCGAAGAAGUUCAGAAGAGUGCAGAUUCUCAACGUGCUCAUCGGACAAUUCCCAUCCAUCAUGACACCAUCCAUCACCUUCGCCGCCUUUGGUAUCAUCUCCAAAAUAUCCGGCGGCCAACCUCUCAACGUGGUUCAGGCUUUUACAUCCCUCAGCCUCCUCGGUAUCCUGAUCAACCCCGUCUCCGAGCUCGUCAUGAUCCCGAACAACCUCGGAGCCGCCAUCGGAUGCCUUGACAGAAUCCAGGAGUAUCUGGUGAAAGAAAAGCGGGAGGAUUACCGCCUCGUCAAAUCAAACACAUCCCCAGACCCCGCUAUGGAGGGCAAUGGAAGUAGCGAACUGCCGCAAAAUGACAGCCAGGCCCGAUCCAUGAUCCAAGUCUCAAAGGGCUCCUUCGGCUGGCAUAAAGACCAAGCCGUUCUCAAGUCACUAGAUCUCGAGAUCCGCCCAGGAAGCCUCACAAUUCUCGUCGGACCCGUCGGCUCCGGCAAAUCUACACUGCUAAAGUCCCUCGUGGGGGAGACAUACCGUAUCUCAGGGUCGGUGGAGUACGCAAGCUCAACAGACGUGGCAUACUGCGACCAAGACCCCUGGAUCCUGAACCAGAGCAUCAAGGGAAAUAUUGUCGGCGGCGUCGCGCCGCACGAAGCGGCAGACUUUUAUAGCAAGGUUAUGCAGGCAUGUCAGUUGGAAGAGGAUUUCGGUCUUCUUCCGCAAGGUGAUGAGACCAUAGUUGGAAGCUCGGGCUCGGCUCUUAGCGGUGGUCAGAGACAUCGGAUUGCACUUGCCAGAGCCGUUUACAGCAGGAAGCAGAUCAUCAUCAUGGACGAUAACCUAAAAGGUCUCGACUCUAAGACGGCUUCUAAAUGCUUCAAUGCGCUGUUUGGGGCCGAUGGCCUCUUACGUGGGGAGGGGAGAGCUGUGAUUUUCGCGACGCACAAUGCCCAAUGGCUUCGUUCCGCGGACAACAUCAUUUCCCUCGGCAGCGACGGAACUAUCUUGGAGACAGGCUUGUAUGAAGACCUUAGCAAGACCGGAGGCUACGUCAGUACUCUCAAGGUCACCCAGAAGAGUGGUAAAGAGGAAAGCGAUUCAGCGGAAGCAGAAUCAGGAGCCCAGAGUGCCAAUAAGAAGGACAAGGCUGCUGCGAUUCCCAAGCCAGAUGACUCGUCCAAGACCAAAACUCGCGGCGCCGCGAAUACGAGUUCCCUUUUAUACUACAUCAAGUCCAUGGGAAUCACGUCUUUUGGGCUUUUCGUGGCGAUGGUCAUAUUUCAGACCAUCUGCAGAAUCAUGCAACGUCUCUGGGUCAAGUUCUGGGUCACUGCCAACGAGAGAGGAGGACAAGAGAGUCUGGGGAUGUGGGUGGGCGUCUACAUUCUCUGGGGCGUUUUGACGGAAAUGGCCCUCGCCAUCGAGUGCUACGCGCCCCUGUCUUUCUUCGUCAAGACCGAUACAGGCGUCAUCAUCAACCGAUUUAGCCAAGACAUGAACCUCGUCGACCUUCCCCUUCCCCUCGCCUUCAUGCUAACCUUCGACACCCUAACGACCCUCGCCACACCAACCCUCACCAUCUCCAUUCCAAUCCUCAUCAUCCUCCUCUACCUCCUCCAACGCAUCUACCUCCAAACAUCCCGCCAAAUCCGCCUCCUCGACCUCGAAACCAAAUCCCCGCUCUUCUCGCACUUCAUCGCCUCCGCCACCGGCCUCAUCACCAUCCGCGCCCUCGGACCACACUGGACAUCCCGCGUGCAACGACAGAACCUACAACGCCUAGACCUCUCCCAACGCGCGUUCUACGCAAUGGGUAGUCUGCAGAAGUGGCUUCUGCUGGUGCUGAAUCUUGUCGUUGCUGCGUUGGCGGUGUUGCUAGUGGCGUCUGCUGUUUUGCUGAGGGAUCGGGUCGACGCAGGGUUGCUUGGCGUGGCGCUCGUGAGUGUCAUGACCUUUGGGCAGCUGUUGACGCAGUUGUUGAAUUAUUGGGCGCAGUUGGAGACUAGUUUGGGUGCUGUGGCGAGGAUCAGAGAGUUUGAGACGGAGACUCCGUCUGAGGAGAGCAAAGGUCACGACGAGGAUCCUGCAGUGAAGGAGGAGUGGCCAUCCAGGGGCCGGAUUGAUAUCCGCAACGUGUCGGCGGCAUAUGAUGAUCAUCAGGUUCUCAGCGGCGUCAAUCUCACUAUCGAGCCUGGCGAGAAGGUAGCCAUCUGCGGACGAACGGGCAGCGGAAAGUCCACGCUUCUUGCAUUGCUGCUCCGACUUCACGAGCCAUCUGCUGGUGCGAUUGAGGUAGACGGUGUGGAUAUUCGCAGCGUGCCUGUCACACGGCUUCGAGAAUCUCUCGUCGCUCUGCCACAGGAUUCACUCUUCCUGCCCGGAACCGUUCGUCAGAACCUGGACCCCUUUGAGUCCCGCAAUGAUGAUGCCGAUAUCUGGGAUGCGUUGAAGAAGACGGGUCUCAAGGCUUUGUUUGAAGACAAGGGAGGUCUCGAGGCCAAUUUGAACACUGACUGGCUUAGCGCGGGACAGAAGCAGCUUUUCUGCAUGGCUAGGGCCAUCCUGAGGGCUAGUCAUGUCUUGUUGUUAGAUGAAGCGACAAGCAGUCUCGAUCAAGCCACGGAACAGAUCGUGCAAGAUCUCAUCGGUAGCGAGUUCCAAGGCUGGACAAUAAUCGUCAUCGCGCACCGACUGCGGGCCGUCAUAGACUUUGACAAGGUCGUGACGCUCCAGGAUGGGAAAGUCGUCGAAUUUGAUAGUCCCAAGAAGUUGCUCGAGGACGGGGGCGCAUUCGCUGCCAUGUGGAAGCUCCAAGAAGGUUGA